CGCCGCAACGCUCCGACCACCUUCUCCGCGCAUGCCGCGCCCCAACCCCCCGCCAUGGAGGGCUUCGACACCAUCACCAUGUCCUACUUGGCCCCGACAAUGCCGCUGUCCAAUGUAACCGCCGCCGACCUGCUGCCGCUCGACUCCUCCCUGGCCGACGCCCACUCCAACUUUGACGCCGAGACGUUUGCGGGGUACCAACCACCACCACCACCACCACCCACCACCCACCAUCCUUUCAAAUGCUAACCCGCGCUACGACCAGGAGUGAGGAUGCUGCCUACUUGCACCCGCGCCAGCCGCCGCCGCCGCUCAAGCGCUUCUCCACCACCUACGACGACCCUUUUUCCGAUGCCCUCAGCGCCUACGACGGCCAGCCCCAGCCCUCGGAGCAGACUGCCCCCGAGAGCCCCAACAUCGAGCGCGACAACAAGCUGCUCGGUUUCUCGCCCCCCACCUUCCCCUACACCAUCCUCGACUAUGCCUACCGUCGGACCUCCGUCUCCCUUUCCGCCCAGCUCCGCGGCAUGUUCUUCCUCGCCGAGUCGCCAUGGGCCUCGACCGGCGACGCCGCCGCCCCACCCACCGAGCUGACGUGCUACCGCCGCAAUCUCUUCCAGAUCACGGGCACCAUCACCCUGCCGCGGGCCCUGCAAUACAUCAUGACGGAGCAAGGCGAGCAGAUCCCUGUGCUGGCCCAGGAAUUGACCAUCUCGGCUACCGAGUCGGUAGAGGGAAACCCGGUGAAGAUCAUCUCUGUGCCAUGGAAGACCCCGGCAAGCAGCACCCAAAUUCCAGAGGACAAGACGGAGAAAGAACCGCCUUCCAUACCGCUGGACCUGUCCAACGGACACGAGCUCGACUCGGAAUUUGUGAGCUUUCCGAUCGCAUGGAAGAGGCUGCAGUUUCGGAUCGCGACGGCGAACAACGGGCGGCGGAAGGAGCUGCAGCAGCACUUUGUGGUCCGCCUCAAGGUCAUGGCCACUCUCACGACCGGGCUGAGGGUUCCUAUCUGCGAGGUCCAAUCGGGUGCCAUCAUCGUGCGUGGCCGCAGCCCGAGGAAUUUCCAGUCGCGCAAGGAUUUCCCCAUCAGCGGCGGCAGCACCGCUCGCAAGUCGCAUGCCCCGCCUCAGCCCACCCGCGCCUCGACGGGCGAGCCUAACCACAGUCAUCACAAGCGGGAUCCUUCAACAGCCACGACGGUGGAGAUUCCUCAGAUGCCAUUCCAGUUCGAUCCAAAUGAUACCCUGGUAUCACCCGAUUUCUUCGAAUGGAAGAUACCGACUGGUCAGCCCGGCGCCAUGACCGCCAUCCCACCGGCGCCCGCCUCCUACAGCAUGCCUGUGCCACCACCCUACGCCCAGUCGAGCCCGGAUAUGUCGCGCCACAACCAGCAGCCACGACCCUCGCUCUCCCAACCCAUCAGCCUGUCCCUCACCGACGACGAGCCAAAGAAGGUCGAAUCGCCCGCUGAGGGCUCCAAGAAACUGCCGAAAUUAUCACAGGUACCAGCAAGGGCACCGUCGUUUUCAUUGAAUUUGAUCAGCAGCCCGGACGAGAGCGCAGAUCUGCUGUACGAAUAUUUCCCGCUCGGCCUGGACGACUGGAUGCCGCCCGUCGACGCCGUGUACAGGCCGCACGUGGUGCAUCACAUGAACCUGCCGCAGGAUCCCAAGGCCAUGGCAGUGAAGAACAGGAGCAAGAGAUAUUUCUCCGAGUCGUCACCAUAAGGCGACAGCCAACCAGCCAGCCCUUGCAAAGUUAAAUGAUAUUUCGGAGACUCCUCCGGGUCCCAGUUGUGCGGAUUUUGCUUGGAGCCGUGGUGCGAUAGGGAGUCGCCCGGGGAAGCAAGGGAAGAAGCGCGCAUUCUCUACGCAGGCAGCAUUAAGCUCAGCGCAAAUUUGCGCGACGGUUAGUGGGAAAUAUGGGC